ACCAAAUGCACCAAAUUGAAUUUUCCACCCUAUGAAAGUUCCGUGCAAGUCGCCGUUCACGUGCCGAGGGCAGUUGCAAUAGGUACUUCGGUAGUUCUCCUGCUUUUCUUUUUUUGGCACUGGUGAAGACUUUCGAACUAUAUAUUUAUGUGCCUCCAUUGCAUAUGACGAAUUCCCGAGUAGCCCUUACUUUUUCGUCGACUUUCUUACCUUUGCUGGCCUAGAUGUCUGGAAAAGCAGAACUGACCAUAAAUUUUCUUGUCGUUGGUGGCGGGAUCGCAGGUCUUUCAUGUGCGAUAGCAUUGAGACGAGUCGGCCAUCGUGUUGUUGUUCUCGAACGUUACUCCGAUUCAGAUAUUUCGAAGAUGUCGCACGGAGGCAUUCGGUUGCCUCCAAAUGUCUCGAAAGUUCUCUUCCAUUGGGGCCUCGAGCGCGCUCUUCGGCAAGUAUCCGUAACGUCCAGUGCUAUGGAGAUUGAGAUUUACGAAACCGGCGAGUUUAUUGGUACCCAUCAUUGGGAAGAAGAGGUUCUCCGAGUAACUGGAGGAGAUUUCCUCUUCCUACAUCACGCCGGCCUCCGACAAGUUUUGUACGAUGCCGCUAUAGCAGCGGGCGCUGAGGUGCGGGCAGGCACAACAGUUGCCUCUGUAAAUGGCGAUGGCCCCCGCGUGACGUUGUCCACGGGGGAAACACUGCUGGCCGACGUGAUUGUUGGCGCCGAUGGCCGCUCGAGUAUAGUGCAACAAGCAAUCGUCGGUGAUGAUGUUCUCGAUACAGUGCCAUAUCAAUAUUUAUUCUACAAUACUACUGUCCCAGGAGCACUUAUGAGAGCCGAUCCCGAAUUGGCACCUCUCUUUGAACAACCCGUCGAGACUAUGUUCAUUUGGCUAGGCAAUAAUCGCUCGGCUGUGGCAUUCCGUAUGGGGGGUAAUGAUGAGUUUGCGCUACAUCUAUGGGUGCCUCCCAGGCAAAAGGGGCUAUCCGAUGAUGAUUGCUGGGGAGGAGGCCUCGACUUGAAGGAGAUGCGGCGGCAGCUUGGAGAAUGCGAACCGAGACUCCUAAAGAUGACCAAUUUGGCUGCCACGCCUUCCCGUGUACAGGUCAGGAAGGUUCCACCGAUUGAGGAUUGGGUUGAUAAGCACGGUCGUAUGGUAAUUAUAGGCGAGGCUGCACAUCCACUUCCUGCAGGAUCCUUGCAGGGCGGCGCGAUGGCUGUGGAAGACGCCGCUGUAUUUGCAAGACUUUUCUCCCAUCUGCGAGACAGGGAACAAAUAUCGACAUUUUUGCAUGCUUUUCAAGAUCUUCGGGAAGAUCGCUGUGCCAGUGUUGUGCAUACGGAGCGAUGUAAUCUGUAUUUCCAGAUGAUGCCGGCUGGUCCUCAGCAGGAGCAACGCGAUCAAGAUAUGCGUGCCAAGACUGCUCAAGGGGAAAGCGUUUUCGGCGGCGGCAAAGCUUCUGAACAAUGGGAGCAGCUCAAAGAACUUUGGGGAUACGAUGCCGAAGAUGAAGCCGACGAUUGGUGGGUCAAGUGGGGCCUUCUUCGCGAGCGAGCCAAGCAGCGAUCACUAGACAUGGAGGCAGAAAUGAAUAUCGCACGACUGAGUUGCCUCGGCAUGCGGUCAUAAUAACAAAUGUUGUCCCUUUCUUUAUUAUAGCAUGUUUAGUGUACUCACAUAUAUUCUCAUUCCUUUCGUUUAAUUACCGUCCCUUUCUAGACAAGACAGUCAUUUGAUCAUUGUUUCUUUCUGUAAUCCCGCUGCAUUGCCAUUCUCAGGACAUAUGGACAUCAUCACAGUUAAUAUUGCUCUACUAGUAUUGGCGUUGAUAUGUUUUGAACAAAUUAACAUAUAGGUGCCUCGGAG